AGACUAAUCAAAUGGAUUUGGUGGCUUCAUAGAUAAUGACAACGGGGUGGCUUUUCUAAGGUUUAUGUUGCCAAGCUGCUGUGCAAAUGAGCAAAAAUGCACUUUUCCUUGGGGUUUUUACCAUUUGAAUGUCAAGAAAACUGUACGGAGAUCUUCAACACUUGGCAACACCGACAUGUCAAAACUGUUUACAAAAUACUGCCAAAACACUGCAGUCAUAUAUGUCCAUUUAUUAAUUUUUAAUUAAUUUUUAUCAUAAAUGUUGGUGUUUAUAAUAAGUAACAGUGCAGAAUAAUGGCAUAUUUUCACUACCGUUGUGGAGAGAGAAUCACAUUAAUUAAUGAAAACACCACAGCUAUACGAAAUGACUCUGAAUUCGAUCAUGGAUUAGUGAUUUCUGCAGAGCCUUUAAUGAAUGAUGUUCUGUUCGAAGUAAUUAUAGAUAGAAAGAUCAACACAUGGUCCGGUAGUUUGGAAAUUGGUGUGGUAGAUGUGGAUCCUCUUCAUUUUGAUUUCCCUCCAUGUGCGUCAAAAAUUCAAUCAGGAUCAUGGAUCAUGUCCGGAACUUCCGUUUUCAAAAACGGGAAUUGCUUGAUAGAAGGAUAUGGUAACGACUUGGACAAAUUGAAUCAGUUGGAUAGAAUAGGCUUGGUAAAAACUUGUGAGGGAGAUUUGAUAUUCUAUGUCAACGGAGAGUCUCAGGGUGUAGCAGCGGAAGGUCUACCAAAUAUCGUAUAUGCAAUAGUAGAUCUGUAUGGCAAAUGUGUUCAGGUUAGCGUUACCAGCCCGACAUUCAGAGAGCACAACAACGAUGACUGCCUCAGUGGAAGUUCAGUAUUGGCCAUAGAAAAUGAUGUUUUAAAUGUUACCUUAGGCGGAGACCUAAGUGAGCUGAGUUUGAGCAGCAGCAAUAGUUUGGACAUCCGAAUGGAUACUAACGCUAGUGCCAAUGUUCCGGAGGAUGGUUCGAGACAAGAUAGAAUAUGUUUCCAUGAGCGAUGCGGAUCUUUGGUAAAGUUAACAAAUGCAAAUCGAACUGCUGAGCGACGAAGACCGUUUGAUGAAUUUAAUAAUGCAGUUGUUAUGACCAAUAGGCCAUUGAGGGACUCGGAAUUAUUCGAAAUAAGAAUAGAUCGUUUAGUUGAUAAAUGGAGUGGCAGUAUUGAGAUGGGUGUGACAACUCACAAUCCAAACAGUCUGGUGUUUCCUGCCACAAUGACUAACAUGCGAAGUGGAACCAUUAUGAUGUCUGGCUGUGGAAUUUUGACAAAUGGAAAAGGCACUAGACGAGAAUACGGCGAUUUUAACUUGGAUGAAUUAAGCGAAGGCGACCGCGUUGGGAUGAUGCGAAAACCCGAUGGAAAUUUGCAUUAUUUUAUCAACGGCCUAGAUCAAGGAGUUGCCACUCAACGCGUACCCUCCACCGUUUGGGGCGUAAUUGACUUAUACGGAAUGACUAUUAAGGUUUCCAUUGUCGAAAGGGACGAAAGAGAAGAACAAAAUCUCAUUACGCGCAGAAACACGCGCGACCAAGAGAGCGCUGUUCCUGAACCUCAGCCACUUUCAUAUUACUAUGAUCGAUUGUCGUUUCAUCCAAACUGUGGCACACAUGCCGAAGUUAUUAAUAAUGGUCGCACCGCUCAUCGGCCAAAUGCUUCGGAUGACUUUAACAAUGGCGUUGUUCUUACGGCUCGUCCGUUGAAAACCGGCGAACUUUUUGAGAUUAAACUAGACAAAGUUGUCACAAAAUGGGCUGGCUCAAUUGAAAUGGGAGUGACUACUCAUAGUCCGGUAGAUUUGGAGUUUCCGUUUACCAUGACCAACGUUAGAUCUGGCACUUGGAUGAUGACGGGAAGUGGAAUAAUGCACAAUGGCACUAUCAUUCAAGAGCAAUACGGCGUGAAUUUGGAUAGAUUGCAAGUUGGAGAUCGAGUAGGAUUAGUGCGGAAAGAAAACGGACAAUUACACUUUUUUGUAAAUGGAGUGGAUCAAGGAAGUGCAGCCAAUAAUGUCCCUGAAAAGUUAUAUGGCGUUAUAGAUUUAUACGGACAGUGUGUAGCAGUGUCUUUAAUUGAUACAUACGACGACGCUUCUCCAGAUACCAAUAAUUCAAGCUUAUCAAAUGCAACCCUUUACUGCGAUUUAAGAUUCCACCAUGUUCAUGGUAAAAACGCACGAAUAAUAAACAAUGGGUUAACGGCUCUACGUCCACGACCUCUGGCCGAAUUUAAUGACGCUAUCGUUUUUUCCAAUCGACCUUUGAGGGACGGCGAAAUAUUUGAAAUCCUAUUGGACACUAUAGUCGAUAGAUGGUCGGGAAGCAUUGAACUGGGUGUAACUGCUGUAAGACCCGAUGAUAUCGAGCUGCCGAAUACAGCAACUGAUCUGCAUAGAGAUACUUGGAUGUUGAGCGGGGCUUCAGUAAUGGUUAAUGGCAAAACUAGUCUAAAUAACUAUCCAUGUGAUUUGGAUACUUUAGGAUCUGGUGUGAGAUUGGGAGUCAUGCGAUCCUGUGAGAAACAGUUGGAGUUUUUCAUGGAUGGAGUAUCACAAGGACCGGCGUGCUUUAUUCCACACGGCAACAUCUAUGCUGUUGUUGAUUUGUAUGGGCAGUGUGCGCAAGUUAGCAUUCCUUGUGCUACCCCAAUCGCUCCUUUAGCCUCUGUGGGAAUUGAUACCUGUCCUCGUUCAGACACUUCGGCUUCUUUGCAAGCUGGCGGCGCUCUUCAUCCAAACCACGAGCUUUACUUACAUAGGUUUUCCGAACAACAUGGAAAAGGUGUUGUUCUUAGUGAAAAUGGCAGGGUUGCGUGCAGAUCGAAGGAGUACAGCAGCAGUAUCGUUUACAGUAGCACACGAUUAACGAAAGACGAAAUCUUUGAGGUUUCUAUCGUAAAUCUUUUGGCGCACAUGGCGGGAACUCUUUCAAUAGGAAUAACUGAGACUCCGCCUUGUUCACCCAUCAGAAGCUUUCCAAUUGACUGUUGCUACUUAACUGGCAACGAACUCUGCCACCAGAAUAAGCUCUUGCAAAUCUUCACUCCGAGUUUGAACUGGUUGAAUGUGGGAGACCGCAUCGGGAUUCUUCAAACUCAAGAUUUGGUUUUGAAGGUUUUUAUAAAUGGCGAAGAGCUUCCAGUUCAGUUUCCUUCAAUGGGCGACAAUGUUUGGGCUGUUUUUGACCUAAAAGGGCAGUGCUGUGAAUUAACAGUCACCAGCCAUAAAGUUCCUUCUCCAUCUCCAAUGAACAGUGCCCGACUUCAAGACAGCCUAGAAGUUGUCUUGGAUCAAGAACUAGUUCCUCUGGAAAUGGAAGAAUGCAUCAUGUUAGGUUCAACUGAGUCAGCAGCAGGCAGUACAAUUAGACAAUACGAAUUUCAUGAAAAUCACGGCCGUAAUAUUGAGCUGCAAUCGGAUAAAACUGUGGCACGACGAGUGGCUUCCUAUAACCAAGGCGUAGUUACCGUUACACCAGCUUUAGAUCCCAAUAAAGAGGUGCAGGUGGUUAUUGAGCAGCUGGAUACGCGUUGGCAAUCGUCGAUUAUAGUUGGUGUGGUCGCUGGGCCGUUGGAACGAUUGAAUUUUCCUGUAAAUGCUUUGGCUCUGAAAGGGCCAUCGUGUGUAGUUGCUAACGAUUGGAUAUCGAUAAACGGUGUAAAGGGGCGAUCCAACUAUGGGCAAGUGUUACAAACUCUCACUGAAGGCGACUCUGUAGGUGUAAUGAUUACUGACAUGAAGUUUUUCAAACUGAUUAUCAACGGAGUUGAGGAGCAAAGUUUUCCUUGGACUUACCCACUUGGCCAGCCGGUGUAUGCAAUAUUUGACUUGUAUGGUCAAUGCCAAAAGGUGAAAAUAUUCGGCGAAGUAUCAAAAUCUAGAGAAACGGCUUUGGUGACUGCAGAAUGCGAAAAAGCUGAUUUGGACUCUUGCGAAAAAGAACGAACUGACAAUAGUCUAAGCUUGCCAUUGCCGAGCACAAGUUUAUCAAAUCCUGGUAAUUUGCUCAACAUGUCGCCUGUUGUGAGUCCUUUAGUGUUAUGUAUGUUGAAGGAAGAGUGUGAGAAUUUCAAGAAAAACAUACUCCUGCCAGAUCAAUAUUUUGCUUGCGAAGAACUGGUGUGCUACUGUUCUAAUUGCAACAGAAGUUGGUCGCUAGAAGACGAAAAAGAAGCAAAAGAGCGUCUUCCCAUCGGUUGGGUAAGGUUUCCACUGAAAAAUCGGGCUAACAUAUGCACAGAUAAAUGGGAUACCGCGUUCUACCCAACCAAAAUGGGUGCAGUGCGAUGUAUUUUAGAUCAAGGCUAUCCUCUAACUAAAGGCCAAUCUCAGUGGUGCAACUUCACCGGACAAAAGGGCGACGAUGUUCAAGUGGUUUUUUAUCCAUCGCUGGAAAAUUCCUCAGCCCCGCCAUACGAGAACGGUAGUAAAAAAGUUUAUGCAGCCUUUCAGUUAUUUGUAAAGCCGGGCGCUUAUUCGAUUACAAGAGACGCCGAUCGAACGGAGUGGAGUACGAAAGAAUCGGGGGCCAUCGUUCUAAAUUCCCUUCUACUGCAAAUAAAAUAAGUAAGGUCUCGUCAUCAAUUAUUUCACUGUGAUUUAUUCUAGUCGUUUAUUUCUAUAAGGUCAUCCAAAAGUAUAUAGCAAACUACACUCACUGUUCAACGACAUACCAUUGCAUUCUAAUUAAUAAGUUUCCCGUUAGUAAGUUAAAUAGCUGGCACUAAAAUUGCAAGACUAUUAUGAGUAGUUUCAAUCAUCACAUUUUUGCCAGUGGUAGACAAAGUUUAAUAGACAAUUGCGUUUUUAUUUGUCUAAUGUAGAUUCUUCAUGUAUCUGAUGAACCGUUAGUUUAAUUAUCUCAAAUUUUGGGUUCUGUUUUUCAUUCAUUCAUCUUUUUCAUCAAAAACUUUUAGGUUUAUUGAAUGUCCAAUUUCCACUUUACAAUGAUUUUUCGUUGCUCAAAGUGAAUAAUUUUAAUAAGUCAAGAACAAUUGCAUUUAGUUGUUUUUAGGAAGAAUUUAGAGAUUAUAUUAAUCUUUGAAUUGUUUUUGAACUGCCAAUUUUCUAAUGUAUUGUUGUAAUUGUUCGAAUUCAAAGUACGUUUUGAGGUCGUAUGAGCCAUACAACUAUUAGAUAAUAACAGUGUGAACUGCAUAUAUAUAUGAUGUUUAGUGUCAUGCUUAUUGACGAAUUCUAGGAGACUAGAAAUUUUGCAGUCAAAUCCGCGAUAUUUUCAGAAGAAACUAGACACCAGUGAUAUUUUCCAGUGAGGAAUCUUAUUAGGAUGCACUUUGAUGAUAAUGUUACUGUGCAUUUAUUUUAUUUAAAAUUUUCGAAACCCGGACCUAAAAAUGCUAAGGUUUCUAUUGACCUUCCUAAUAAGAUUAAUACAAAUUUUCUGCUAAUUUCUUCAGAGACAUGACGUCAAAUUUGAAUUACUCAGCCACUAAAUCAAGCCCAGUUUAAUAUCUAGGUGACAACGUAGUAGCUGUUUUUUGUAUUUUAUUAAGAUUACUGGGUGAAUUUGAUGUGUGGUUGCGUCCCCUGCGUUCUUAAUGUACGUGAUAGACGGUGGAAUUCUUUAUUGCUUGCAAGCCCAAUAAUGUUUGUUGUAUACAUAAUAUAAAAAAAGAAUAGCAAGUUUGCUAAAUCUGAUCACUUUAAGUAGAAUUACCAUAUAAGAUAAGAUUUUUAAAUAAACGAAGUUAAUUUGCCAAUA